AGUUGUGGUGUUGUAAGAAGAAUGUAGUGAGGGGUGUGCGCUCGACUGCUGGGCAGAAUGAAGACAGCCUUACGUGUCGUCCUAGCUGUUCUCGUGUUGUUCACAACCGCUGAGGCAGUUACGGACCUCCACUACCUGGGCGACGGCGUCGAGAAGGAAGGCGAUGAUGCGCAUCUUUACUGCAAGUUGGACGGCGCCAAUGGCCGCGAACAGAUGAGUUGGAAGAGAGAGGGCGAUGCAAAGCGACUACUGGAGGGCACACAACCGUUUGAUGACCGCAUCAAAGUCGAGAAGCGUAGGCACGGUGUGAUCGAGUUGACCAUCACUGAUCUGAAGCCGGAGGACACUCGCAACUAUACUUGUUUGGUCAGACUCGAGUCGGGGAAGAUGGUGACGAAGACAAGACUGCUCAUCAUCGAAUACAUGACACGAUUCAGCAGCCGCCAACAUAUGUUUAUGAAGUAUCACAGCAUAGGUGGCAGCACUUCCAUUUCCUGCCAAGCAGACGGACAUCCGGGUCCCUCCUACAGGUGGUACAAAGACAACACCCUUCUCUCUGACAACAGCACGUUCAAUAUUGUAGACAAGGGAGGCAAAAGUACAUUGAAGAUCUUGACCUCAGCUGAUGAUAACGGGCAGUGGAUCUUUGGCACCUACAGUUGUAAAGCCACCAACCAGCAUGGAUCAGCCGUCAUGCAGUACAAACUCCAGGCAGCAGCAAUUCCAGAGAAAACUGCGAAUAUAACUGUCAAGACCACGCGGUCCACCUACGUCGAGCUGGGUGUGGCCGAGCCCGGUGAUACUGGUGGUCUCCCUAUCACUGGCUACAGGGUCCGCUGGAUGGAGGAAGUGGAGGAGUCUAUGGCAACAGGAGGGGGAGGCGGGGUAGAGGGAGAAGGAGGUGGUUUCGGGGUAGCAGGAGGGGAAGGUGCAGAAGGUGGACAAGCCCAUUCGGUGUCCUCCCAGGUGUUCAAUAUCGGUGACCCAAUCGUCGUCCCAGGCCUCGAUCCGGGUAAAAAAUAUGUGUUCGAGAUUGCGGCGAUGAACGAAGCUGGGGUUGGCAAGACAGUGUUCCGAAACAUCCAGACACCAGAAUCUGAUGAAGAAGUCGGGGCCGUCGUCUACCCCUCUGGCUCCAGCGGCCUCUACGCUCUUUGGGUCUUCCUAGCCAUUCUCAUUUUCUUCAUCCUUCUCCUCCUGCUCUUCCUGCUCCUCUGGUGUUGUGGUUGGCUCACCAGCACCGCCCUCAUCUGCUGCCCAUGCUGUGCCAAGUACUGCCCGGAUUGUCUUGGCUGCUGCUCCACACUCUGCUGGUGUCUCCCUCUGUUUAGCUGUUGCGUUUGCUGUGGAAGAUCGUAUCGGGGAUCUUCAUAUGACGUCUUGAAGAAGAAGAAAAUCCCAUUGUGCGUGUGCUGUCCUACUGAUGGUGUCGCUAUCAGCAGCAGGAUGAUCAACAAGAUCAGACUGCUGACACUGCAGAGGAAUGAGAAAACAGAAGUUGGCGUGAACAGUGCAUUUUCAACUGCUGCAAAGGUCACUGCAGGAAGUGUAGGGGUGAACGCCACGGAUGGCUACGCCAGGGGAUAUUAUCUACACAAUGACUUCAAGGGGAAGUCGGACACAAUGACGACACGAAAGACCGACACAAUGACGUCACGAAAGUCAGACACAACGAAGAACACGGUGUUCUCCUACGACAUCGAAAGCAGUUCCAGUGAGGGUGAACAGGGCAUGAACACCAUGGAAACACAGACUAGCGGAAAUAACUUCACGGUGAAUUCUCGUUAUAUUGGGCGAGACAAUCACGUGACUCGUGACGUGUUUCUGGACCACAGUGGAAAGAAGGUGAAGAUGUUCAGUUACCCGGCAGCCUCUGAAUCAAUUCAGACUUACUCCCUUGCCUCCGAUUGGAAUCGUACCAGAAGUAAGGAACGCUUGGCUCGGAGCUAUGAUGAUGAAUUAGAUGUAUCAGAGCCGGUUUUAAAAAGAAUUUCGAAGCGAGAUGAGCGUUACUCCUCCCAGCCAAUGGGCGAGCAUCUCUCACGGAGGGACAGCGUGAACAGAGACAGGAAGCGAAGGUCAAGUGUGGAGGUCAUCACUUUCUACCAACCAGGGGAACAAGUGCCUUCUACGAGGGACGCCAAGAUCCAGAUUUACACUAAUGAUGACGAGUGCGGCUCUCUCCCACGGAGGAUAAAAUUAGCCCAGCUCUACCACGACACCAGAGUAGACGUCGACCACCAUUUACGAAGUUCAUCCAUCCCGCGUAACGCCAAGCUGUCAGCCAUGGUGGAUAUGGGAGAUCCUACAUCUGUGGACUAUGGUCGAGACACUGCAACUUAUACGGAGGUCAAGAGGAGGAAGGAUAUGUCCAAGUAUGCGACAGCUCCGGUGGUUAGGCGGACGCCACGAUAUACUACCGAUGAAGCCACACAAACAUUAAGACGAUCUAAAUAUGAGAACGAGUUCGACAUUCCCCUGGAGCGAGUUCCAGACUCACGAGACCCGAGCCAACAACGGAACCAAGCUGAGCAACAGGAUCAGCGGACAGACUACUCUGAGGUUCUCACGCAAAAAACACGUCACAUCCGCUCCCAGAGGGAAGUUCCAGAAGUAAUAUACAGACCAAUCACUAUAGAAACGAAGGAAACGAACACGAUGACUAAGAACGAGUUCGACAUUCCCCUGGAGCGAGUUCCACCCUCACGAGAGCCGAGCCAACAACGAAACCCAACUGAGCCGCAGGAUCAGGGGAGAGACUACUCUGAGGUUCACAGGCAUAAAACACGUCACAUCCGCUCCCAGAGGGAAGUUCCAGAAGUAAUAUACAGACCAAUCACCAUAGAAACGAAGGAAACGAACACGAUGACUAAGAACGAGUUCGACAUUCCCCUGGAGCGAGUUUCACCCUCACGAGACCCAAGCCAUCAACGAAAGCCAGCUGAGCCGCAGGAUCAGCGGACAGACUACUCUGAGGUUCACAGGCAUAAAACACGCCACAUCCGCUCCCAGCAGGAGGUUCCAGAAGUAAUAUACAGACCAAUCACUAUAGAAACGAGGGAAACGAACACGAUGACUAAGAACGAGUUCGACAUUCCCCUGGAGCGAGUUCCACCAUCACGAGAGCCGAGCCAACAACGAAACACAACUGAGCCGCAGGAUCAGGGGACAGACUACUCUGAGGUUCACAGGCAUAAAACACGUCACAUCCGUUCCCAGCAGGAGGUUCCAGAUGUAAUAUACAGACCAAUCACCAUAGAAACGAAGGAAACGAACACGAUGACAGAGCGACCGAAGCGUUGGUCGAGGCCGCCAACUCCACCACAUGCAGCUCCGACUUACCGGACCUUCCCUAUUGAGAUGGAACAAACCACACCGAAACACAAACCUGUUCACAGACGACCCCCUGCCAAACCACACAGGUCGAAACCGAAGGGUGCCACAGAUCUGGACAUAGAGGAACCCAUACAGUGUACCGUACGCCCGAACGUUGAAAGUGGACAAGCUUUUGAUUUCGAUGCUUUGGAUCACCUCGAAAGUGCCAACAUCGAGACACAGACAGAUUUUCCACUCGACGCUGACUCAAUCACCAAGGAAAGCCACGGUAGAUGGCCCGAGGAGCCACCUCUUCAAGCUGUGGAGCCGAACUAUCAAGACCAUUGGCCAGGAGAGGCUCAUGUACGGGCUUCUCUCCGAGAUCCUGAGCAGAGAGGCAGAUGGCUGGAGGAGGAUCAACCUCAAGCAGUUCAACUAGACCAACGAGAGCAAUGGCAAGUAGAGGCUCCUGUACAGGCUUCCCUCCGAGAUCCUGAGCAGAGAGGCAGAUGGCUGGAGGAGGAUCCACCUCAAGCAGUUCAACUAGACCAACGAGAGCAAUGGCAAGUAGAGGCUCCUGUACAGGCUUCCCUCCGAGAUCCUGAGCAGAGAGGCAGAUGGCUAGAGGAGGAUCCACCUCAAGCAGUUCAACUAGACCAACGAGAGCAAUGGCAAGUAGAGGCUCCUGUGCUGGCUUCUCUCCGAGAUCCUGUGCAGAGAGGCAGAUGGCUGGAGAAGGAUCAACCUCAAGCAGUUCAACUAGACCAACGAGAGCAAUGGGAAGUAGAGGCUCCUGUGCUGGCUUCUCUCCGAGCUCCUGUGCAGAAAGGAAGCUGGGCAGAUGAUGUUCAACCAGAAAACCUAUCUCAUAUGCCGGCACCGGGACUUGAGAGAGGAAUACCUUUUUAUCGACCACAACAUGGUCAGGAGGUGAUGGAACAAACUAUGGUGAGAAGAAAUAGAUCGAUUGAAUUCUUGGAAAGUAUGGAACAUUCAGAGAUGUCACAUCAGUAUGCUAAGGGACCCGAGGUCAUCUUCGUCGACAGUGGUAACUAUAGCCUGGAGGAACCGCAGCGGCCAGAGCCUGAACACCAUCUUGAGGUUUCUCCGCCUGAAACACAUGACUUCUUCGAGGAGACCGAGACCAUCGAGUCAACUGAUGUUACAGAAGAGGCGGUAACAGAAGUGAAUUCGUAUGAGACGCACACAGACACCAAAACCCAAGCGAUGGAAGUGCAGUCAAGCCAGAGUGCGUUCCAGGAGUACAGCGCUUCAAGGGCGGAAUACCGUGGUGAGACUGGCGGCGCUUCAAUGUCCGGGGGCCACGAACGUACCAGUGCCACCAUUAGCAGGUUUGGCGGGACUGGCGACGCUGCAAUGUCCGGGGGCCACGAGAGUAGCAGUGCCACCAUGAGCAGGGUUGGCGGGACUGGCGGCGCUGCAAUAUCCGGGGGCCACGAGAGUAGCAGUGCCACCAUGAGCAGGGUUGGCGGGACUGGCGGCGCUGCAAUGUCCGGGGGCAACGAGAGUAGUAGUGCUACCAUGAGCAGGGUGGGCGGGACGCAAGGCGCUGCGGGAUAUUCGUACCAAGAGAAGCAGAGCGCAUAUAGCGGCUACAGCGUGCAAAGCUCUCACGGAACUGAGGGAAGGACUUUCCUCACUGUUGAGAGGCAGGGCGAUGGGCCAUCGCCGAGUUUUGACUUGAGUAACGAGAGAAGAAGCUACUGGAGGGUUUAAACAUAAACCAUGCAUUUUAACAAUGUAUCUAUUUUAACAUUGAACAGUAUUAUCCCAAUCGUCCUUUGGAAUGUGGUUACCAUAUAAUAUGAUUGUCAUUCGGGCGUAGCUAGAUACUCGCUAGGAAUUGGUAAAUAGACAACGUGGCACCACGUUAUGUGUAAUGUCGCUUAGAAGUGUACAUACAGUAGACAGGAAUAAAAUUGUCCCAUUAUAGAAGUCAAGUCAGUUUCCGAGGUCAUUAACUAUAGCAAUUAGUUUCAUGUUGUAUAAGAAUGUCUAUGUUUUCACACCAACUAUGCAAAUUAUAUCACUCGUGUGAGACUUUCUAGACUUCAGGAUCAAGCAAAGCUUCAACGGCGCUGUGUGAAUAUUUAUUCAUUCUCAGAAUUCUGCAGCCAAAUAUCUCGUAAAGAGGGGAAUGUUGUAAUCCGUCUCUUGCAUAUACAAUUAGGCGACAACACGAUCGGUGUGAAAGUGCGGUGUAUUAUUGUGUAUCAAAAUCGUCUUCCGAAAAAAAAAAUUAAUCAACUCCCACAUUCAAACUGACAGGGGUCCUUUCUUGAUUGGUCCGUCAUCAGAUUGGGAUUUAAUUGGAUAUCGACUCACAAAAUACCCGUGAUGCUUUUGAGAUUAAAAAAUAGAUACGAGAUACGGGAGAUAUCUCGUGUAUGCUGACAUCCAUGACGGAUUACAGUUCAAGGCAACUUGUUGUCAAUCCUUUUCUUCGGCUUUUGGUAACCUAAUUGACAACUCAGUUUAUAAUGUUUGAUUUCAUAUUGCAAAAACUCUCGCUACGUCUGGGAUGACAACAAAAUGUUUAAUUCAAAUUGGGAGGUACGUUUGGUAAUCAAAACUACCGACAUGUGGCACUACAACAGC